AUGGUUGCGCUGGCAGGUAGAGACUCUGAGCUGGCCGUGCGCUCGCACUACUUCCAGCCCUGGCACUACCACGUCAGCGACGCAACAGCGACCACCGACAGCAGUUCAAAAUGGACGUUCGACGCGCGGGGCGACAUCGCGAUCGCGGAGCUCGUCGUGUACGUCCCCGUGCUGGUCGUCGCGCUCAUGCUCGUGCUGCGUCACGGGCUCGCGCGCCGUGCGGGGUGGGUGUUCUUGGUGAUCCUGUCGAUCAUUAGGAUCAUAGGCGCGGCGACGAACAUUGCGUCGGAGCGCGAUGGCAACUCGGACAAGACGUUGAUCAUCAUAUACUCGGUGAUGGAGGCAUCGGGUGUCUCCCCGCUCCUGCUCGCCACUGCUGGCUUCCUCCAGACGGCAUGCGCAGAUUCCCUGGAUGACCAGCCCCUCGUUGCCAGGGCCCUGCGCCUCAUGAGCCUCCUCGGAACUGUCGCACUCGCGCUGGCUAUCGCUGGUGGAGUGACGGCUGGACAGGCUACUACGGAAUCGAGCCUCACUCAAGGAACGAACUUGAGGCAUAUCGGGGACAUACUGUUCGUGGUCCUCUUCGGGCUGAUAUGCCUCAUGCUCGGGUACUGCUGGAUGAACCGCGAGAGAAUUCUGAAGUUCAGGAGAAGGCUGAUUACUGGGACUUCCAUUGCCAUCCCCUUUCUCGGCAUCCGCGUGCUUUACAGCUUACUCUCCGCCUACGCGCCGCUCACGGAGAGCAUCAGCUCAGACGGAAAAGUCACGGCCGUCUCGAGCGACUCGCCGCUCGCGCGGUUCAACGGUCUCUCCGGCAGCUGGGAGAUCUACCUGUUCAUGUCGGUGCUGAUGGAGUUCAUCGUGGUGCUGAUCUACCUGGUGGUCGGCUUGAGCGUGCCGCUGCAGAACGAGGCGGACUAUGCGCGGGGCCGGUUAGCGGACGCAUGGGAUGCAGAUGAUGACGACACGAGGAAGUUGAAGUCGUGA